CCUCUGCGUAUCCGGUAUCAAAUAGUUUGACAUGACAAUAGAGAAAUGUUAUGUUUAUAGUCGAUGUAAUGCUUUAUUUGAAUAUUUUUCUAAAAGAAAAUGACGCGUAUUAUAACCACAUUAGUUAGGUAACUGUUCGUCUAGCUAGGUUAAAAAACACAAAUCCAGCGUACUUGGUGGUUAAUCAUGUCAGGGUCGUGGCUCAGAAGCUGUCGGUGUUACUUUAACUACAACGUGACCAACCUGCGGGGUUAUGUUCGUGCUGCUGCCGCCAGAAGAGUACGGAUUACAUGCCACCGCGACUCGGACUUCGUCAGACGCUGCUCCACCAUGGCUGCGGGUGAGGUGCGGGUCAGGUUUGCCCCAAGCCCGACGGGUUUCUUGCACCUGGGUGGUCUCCGAACUGCACUCUACAAUUACAUCUUUGCCAAGAAGUACAGGGGCUCCUUCAUCCUGCGCUUGGAGGACACUGAUCAAAACAGGCUGGUGCCAGGAGCUGCAGAGGCCAUUGAGGAGAUGCUAGAGUGGGCAGGUAUACCUCCAGAUGAGAGUCCAGGCCAAGGCGGGCCAGCGGGUCCCUAUUUCCAGUCAAAGAGACUGGACCUUUACAAACAGACGGCGUCUCAGCUUGUUGAAAGUGGCCAUGCCUACUACUGUUUCUGCAGCUCCCAGAGACUGGAGCUGCUCAAAAAGGAAUCUUUGAGGACGGGACAGACUCCAAGGUAUGACAACAGGUGUCGACACCUUCGGCCUGAGCAGGUUCAGGAGAAGCUGGUGCAGGGUGCGCCUCAUGUGAUCAGGUUUCGACUCGAGGAGGGGGUGGAGGCCUUUCAGGAUCUCAUCUUUGGAUGGAACCGUCACGAGGUGGCCCAGGUGGAGGGCGACCCUGUGAUGAUGAAAGCCGACGGUUUUCCUACCUAUCACCUUGCCAACAUAGUGGACGACCACUACAUGAGGGUCAGUCACGUCCUGCGGGGCUCCGAAUGGCUCAUCUCCACCUCUAAGCACAUCCUUAUGUACCGCGCUCUCGGUUGGCAACCGCCCGUUUUUGGACACCUGCCGCUCUUGACCAACAAGGACGGCAGCAAACUGUCCAAAAGACAGGGGGACAUAUUCAUCCAGAAAUUCCAGAGAGACGGUGUGCUGCCAGAGGCUCUGCUGGAUAUAACCACCAACUGCGGCUCGGGAUUCAGCACCAAUCGGAUGGGACGGAAAAUAGACGACCUUAUUUCAGAGUUUAACCCCUCAAAGAUCACAACGCACUCUGCUCUUCUUGACCUGGACAAACUUCCGGAGUUCAACAAAAUCCACCUGCAGCACCGUAUUGAAAGUGAGCAGCAGUGCAAUUUUCUGAUAAAGGAACUGCAGGGACAAAUCCAGGAGGCCUAUGCGGGCGAGGUGCAGCAGGAUGGAGACGUCAUGCGUGAGGAUUAUAUUAGGAGGGUUCUGCACUUACGUAAGGGCCACAUAUCCUCACUGAGGGAGCUUGUGAGUGCCACCUACUCAUACCUGUGGGUGCGCCCUUCCUUCUCCAGCCAACAGGUGGCAGCGCUCUCCACGGAGUCCCAACACAUUGCCUCGCUGGCUCUGAGAUUAAUCAAAGAACAUGGAGAGGCGCCAGCAGUGGAUGAGCUCAGCAGAGAUUUGAAUACGCUGGCCAAGCAGACCAAAUCCACCAAGUACAGAGAAGUGAUGAAGCUCAUUCGGCUAACUCUCAGCGGAUUGCAGCAAGGGCCCAGUGUUGCAGAAAUGAUGGUGGCAUUGGGGCCUGCAGAAACCAGCCAUCGAUUCCAGAAGCUUCUGUCGCUCUCCGACACCAGUUCAGAGAUGCCAUCUUUCUCGAAGUUCUUGAAAGGCUCACAAAAAAUCAGUACAACUCCUGGAAUGACAGAUGUCUUAUAGAGCCUUCCUAUGGACACUAACCAAUACAAGUAAAACCUACAAAAAAAUUCCAACCCAUCCAUCCAUCUAUUUUCUACCGCUUGUCCCGUUCGGGGUCGCGGGGGUGCUGGAGCCUGUUCCAGCUGCACUCGGGCGGAAGGCGGAUUACACCCUGGACAAGAUGCCACCUCAUCGCAGGGCCAACACAGACAGACAACAUUCACACACUAGGGCCAAUUUAUAGUUGCCAAUCAACCUAUCCCCAGGUGCAUGUCUUUGGAGGUGGGAGGAAGCCGGAGUACCCGGAGGGGAACCCACGCAGUCACAGGGAGAACAUGCAAACUCCACACAGAAAGAUCCCGAGCCCAGGAUGGAACCCAGGACCUUUGUAUUGUGAGGCACACACACUAACCCCUGUGCCGCAGUGCUGCCAGUAUGUAUAAAUAUUAGGGAUGAUGUUUGAUAAGAAAUUAUUGAGUUCAAGCCCAUUAUCGAAUCCUCUUAUCGAACCGAUUCCUUAUCGAUUCUCUUAUCAAAUCCAGAUAGGUUGUUGUAUAUGGAAAAAAACACAAUAUUUGGUUUAACAAAAGCUCACUUUUAUUUUAUAAGAAAAAAAUAAAAUAAAAUAAAAUCAAUAAAUAAAUAUUGACUGUUACCCCCCUAAAAAAAUAAAAUAAAUAAAUAUUGACUGUUGUUACCCAAAGUAUAUUAAGUGGGAUUUUUCAGAAAAACAAAUAUAUACAGUAACACAAAAACAACCUGUCUCUGUGAUCACUAUAGGUGAAUAGCCAUGCCUUGAGGCGUUUUUUCCGGUCCAUUAUUUUUGCUGCUUGUGUGACAUCACAGGAAAUGACGUAGCGCAGUCUAAUGACUGCGCUACGUCAUUUCCUGUGAUGUGCCACAGGGCAUUUCUUGUGGGACGGGAUUCG